AGAUUUGUAAUUUAUAUGCCAGUUAUAUUCUGGGUUGCAAACAUAAGGACACAUCUUGGCAGGACUGGCUCUUGAUUGCAACUUGAAUAUACUAGACUAAGGAUAAUUAAACCCUCAAGUGAUUAUUAAUUUUUUGACAAAAUUCAGAAAGGACAUCCUGUAUACCAUGGCUUGUUUUUCUGCUACACUUGGUGUCAUCAUUCUGUCGGGAUUUAUCAACCUCACAGCAGCAAGCAAGGACAUCUGUGACUUCUAUGCUAAAGCUGGACAGAGUCUGACAUUGCCCUUCUUCUAUGAGGGACUGACAAACACACAUGUGCUGAAAUGGACUCACAAUAACACAAUCAUUUUUUUCAGACAGCAAGGCAGAGUGUCUGUUGGAAAAACAGAGGACAUUUCUGCAACUGGAUCUCUUUUGUUGAAGAACCUUCAGUUCUCAAGUGCCGGGGCCUAUAAAGCAAAUGUGCUGCAUCCAAAUGGUACCUCUGCUAAAAAAUGGAGUGCUCAUCUCUGUAUGAUAGACAAAGUGUCAAAACCUCAGCUCACUUAUGUCUGUGACUUCAAGUCUAGUGCUGUUAAUCUAAACUGCAUUGUAGCCAAACCUCAGGGUUUGGUGUUCUCAUGGACACUCGAUGAAAAGACAUUAACAAGCGAAACAAAACAAACUUUGAGCGUAUCACUGGCACAGUUGAAAGGACAGAGGAGCUUCACAUGUAGCGUGGCAAACAAAGUCAGCCAGGAGAGGAGUGAUGCUGUUCGUCCAACCUGUAUAAGUCCAUCACCAUCACCACCACCUUCUCUUUGUUUUACAAGGAAAACUGUUGUGGCAGUGGUAACAGGAGGAGUAAGUCUGAUUCUGCUCUUGCUCAUCAUAAUCAUCAUAUUAUGUUGUUGCCACAGACGCAGCAAAACCCAGAUGAGGCUCAGGGAGAAAGGGGAACUCAGAAUGCUCUCUCUAAACAAGCAGGAGCCAGACUCCAUCAGCCCAGAGUAUGAGACUAUGCAUCCAACUGAGGACUCUCCGCCUCCGAGCCCCAAGCCCUCACCAAGAGCCUGUUACAAGAAUGUUUCUGAGCCUGAAGCUCAGACUGGAAACGGGCCUCUACAGCUAUCCACAGCUGCUGAGGGACGACAACCUUCACCUGUGCCAAAGCCGAGGACAAAGAAUCCCCAGACAUCAAACAUCUGAAUGUGCUUCCCCUUCUCGCCAUCCCAGAAAGACAUUUGUGGCUUGAUAACAAACAACUGAGGCAAAAUGAAGAAAACUACUUAAGUCCACAAUCUUAACUGACACAUUCUUUAUCACUGUGAUGCUUCAGUGAAUACAAUAUAUUGACAAUGAAUUAUCUGUGUCCAGUAUCAAUGGGCUAAAUCACAAUUUGCUGUGGGCCUGGGAGGGAGAAUGUGAGGCUGCAAAAUCUUCUUUCUUGGCCACUUUAAAUGUAAUAUCAUGGCUUAUCUAUGCUGAAGUUUGUGUUUUUCAUGUUUUAAAGUUAGCAUUAUUCUGUCUUAUUGUCAGACUUACUUAACCCUGUGGUGCUCAGUCUCAGACCCAUUGGUUUCAACUGAAGACAUAAAUCUCUAAAAACAGGUCACAAAAACAACAGGGCAGUGUAGUUUAUAGCAAUCAUUUCUCAAACAAAAGUGAAUUGUGUAUUUAUUGGGGACUAUUUUCAGCUGCAACACUUUUGUUACUUUAGUGACUAUUUUCGGCUGCAGAACUGUGAAUGUGGGACUGACUUAAAAUAAACUGCAGUGGCUGUGCUCAUGGUAAUGAAGGAACGUGUCACAGACUGCAGCAGUGUGGCUCACUUAUGGCAGUUUGGUCUUUUAAUGGAAUUUGACAGUAAGAAACACACAGAAUAUCACCAGACUUAUCAUUUAACUUUGUUUUUGUAAAUAUGAAUUGAUAUGGUAUGAAAGCUUUAGUAAGCAUGACAUGGACACAAAUAGAAGAAAUGUACAUUUAUCUUUAUCUGCUGUCUGAGCUACUUUGCCCUGUAAUCUUUCAAGAUUAACAGUUAGGUUUUUUGGAAUAUAAUCAUGCUGUAUGUUUACGUACAUGGUUUGCAAUAAAUAUAGUUGUCAAAAAUGA